AUGACGCCAGACAUCCCCGCACACCUCUCGGGGCCUUCUUCGAUAUUCUCUACAAUUCGGUCUCCAUCUUCCUCUAAUCCCUCGAUGAACCAUAUCAGAGCUUGCGGUAGAUCAAUUCAACUCCUGCAACACCUCUCGACCCACCCGCGCGCCUCGCCCCUCACAGCAACCCCCAACCCACUUACCCGUCCACUCCAACCCAGCGUCCGCCGCACCAUGUCUUCUGCAAUGGCCAAGCGCCUCGAGGGCAAGACGAUCCUCGUGACCGGCGCCUCAUCUGGCAUCGGCGCCAGCACCGCGAAGGAGUUCGCCCGCACGGCGCCGAAGAACCUUAAGCUCAUCCUGACGGCGCGCCGCAUCGAUGCCCUCGAGCAGGUUGCGGCUGAAAUCAAGAAGGAGGUCGGCGACGGCGUGCAGGUUCUCCCUGUGAAGCUGGAUGUUAGCAAUCCGGAGGACAUUAACAACUUUGUCCCCUCGCUGCCGGCAGAGUUCAAGGAGAUUGACGUACUAGUUAACAAUGCCGGCCUGGUCAAGGGCGUUGCCCAAGCCCCCAACAUCGCAGCCGAGGAUAUGAAGGUCAUGUUCGACACCAACGUAACCGGCCUAAUCAACAUGACACAGGCUAUCCUCCCGAUCUUCAAGAAGCGCUCUGAUGGUGGCCGCGGCGACAUCAUUAACAUCGGCAGUAUUGCCGGUCGCGAACCUUACCCCGGCGGUGGUAUCUACUGUGCGACCAAGGCCGCUGUCAAGUCCUUCACUGAGGCGCUGCGCAAGGAACUGAUUGCCACGAGAAUCCGCGUUAUUGAGAUCGACCCCGGCCAGGUUGAGACUGAGUUCUCUGUUGUGCGGUUCUACGGCGAUAAGUCCAAGGCCGAUGCUGUCUAUGCGGGCUGCGAGCCGCUUACUGGCGAUGACAUUGCUGAGGUCAUUGUCUUUGCUGCCGGGCGUCGCGAGAACGUUGUUAUUGCCGAUACACUGGUUUUCCCCAGUCACCAGGCUGGUGCUGGCACUAUGCACCGCAGGUCUUGA